AUAUAAUUUUGCUUUUCCAGUUUAUGAGUGUAUAGAUAUGUAAAAUACUUGAUACGUACUGGCAUUGUUGCAUUCACUUUUCAUCUUCAGGUUCAGUUUCAAGUGGAUCAAGCAUUAACCCUAGCUGUUCUAGCAUAUCAGAGUCUAGCAGCUCAAGUAUCUCAUUCUACAGCUGCUCAAGUAGUCAGAGUUUCAGUAGUUCCAGUAGUUUGAGUUUAUUCAGUUCUGUAAGUUCAGGAGAAAUAGGAUCAAGAUCAGACAGUGGAUCCAGCACCUCUUCCUUAUCUUGUUCUUCAAGUGUCAGCAUAAAAAGUAAAUGUUCUUUUGUUGCAUUUAUACUGUUACAUCUGAAUCAUUUGGUAUUUACACUAUAAUGUGUUGUUAAUGUUCUUAGAAUGUAAGCUCAUUACAUCUAAUUUCAGAAUAUAUUUUCAUAGUGAAAUGUCCUAUUAGUAGGUUUAUGAAUGAUCUUUUUUAUUAUAGCUCUUCAUUUUCAAUCCUUAGGUUCAACUUCAGAUAUUCCAAGUCCUAGUCCAAGUUAUUCAGUUCUUCCAUGCUCCAGUGGUUCAAAUAACUCAAUAUCUAGAAGCUUCACAAGCCCCAGUUUCUCAAUCUUCAGUAGCAUAAGUUCAAGCAUCAUUCCAUCUAUCACUCCAAGCUCUAUCAGCAACUUAGAGAGUAGUUUGAACUCUGAAUCAAGUAACACUGCCAGUAGUAUAGCUCCAUCUUCCUGUUCAAGGGCUAUUCUAAGUAAUGCUCCUUUUCAUUUGUGUAAUUAAAAAUAUGAUACCAAUACAAUAGUCACAGAUAUCUUUAUUUAUUUAGUGAAUCUUAAAAUGUUUUUAACUGUAUUCUUCCUUACUUUUUUAUUUCUGACCCGGAAAAUAGUUUGUAUUUAAAUCAGGGCACAUUAUACUUUUGAACACCUAAAAGACACUAAUGAAAAAGGUAUUUUCAAUGAAAUUUUUACAUUUUGAUUUGUGGUUUGAGCCUUUGUCCUUGAUGCUUACUAGCAUUUUCAAAUGUUUUUUGUCUUCAGGUUCAAUUCCAAGCGGAUCAAGUAUUAGCUCUAGUAGUACAAGUAUAUCAGAGUCUAGCAGCUCAAGUAUCUCAUUCUGCAGUUGCUUAAGUAGCCUGAGUUGUUCCAGUAGUUUGAGUUUAUUCAGUUCCUUGAGUUCAAGCUGCAUUAGUCCAGGGGACUUGGAACCAAGAUCAGACAGCAAAUCCAGUAUCUCAUCCCUAUCUUGUUCUUCAAGUGUCAGCAUAAAAAGUAAAUAUUAGUAGUGUAGUUAUAUAAUUUUGCUUUUCCAGUUUAUGAGUGUAUAGAUAUGUAAAAUACUUGAUACGUACUGGCAUUGUUGCAUUCACUUUUCAUCUUCAGGUUCAGUUUCAAGUGGAUCAAGUAUUAACCCUAGCUGUUCUAGCAUAUCAGAAUCUAGCAGCUCAAGUAUCUCAUUCUACAGCUGCUCAAGUAGUCAGAGUUUCAGUAGCUCCAGUAGUUUGAGUUUAUUCAGUUCUGUAAGUUCAGGAGAAAUAGGAUCAAGAUCAGACAGUGGAUCCAGCACCUCUUCCUUAUCUUGUUCUUCAAGUGUCAGCAUAAAAAGUAAAUGUUCUUUUGUUGCAUUUAUACUGUUACAUCUGAAUCAUUUAGUAUUUACACUAUAAUGUGUUGUUAAUGUUCUUAGAAUGUGAGCUCAUUACAUCUAAUUUCAGAAUAUAUUUUCAUAGUGAAAUGUCCUUUUUGUAGGUUUAUGAAUGAUUUUUUUUAUUAUAGCUUUUCAUUUUCAAUCCUUAGGUUCAGCUUCAGAUAUUCCAAGUCCUAGUCCAAGUUAUUCAGUUCUUCCAUGCUCCAGUGGUUCAAAUAACUCAAUAUCUAGAAGCUUCACAAGCCCCAGUUUCUCAAUCUUCAGUAGCAUAAGUUCAAGCAUCAUUCCAUCUAUCACUCCAAGCUCUAUCAGCAACUUAGAGAGUAGUUUGAACUCUGAAUCAAGUAACACUGCCAGUAGUGUAGCUCCAUCUUCCUGUUCAAGGGCUAUUCUAAGUAAUGUUCCUUUUCAUUUGUGUAAUUAAAAAUAUGAUACCAAUACAAUAGUCACAAAUAUCUUUAUUUAUUUAGUGAAUCUUAAAAUAUUUUUAACUGUAUUCUUCCUUACUUUUUUAUUUCUGACCCGGAAAAUAGUUUGUAUUUAAAUCAGGGCACAUUAUACUUUUGAACACGUAAGAGACACUGAUGAAAAAGGUAUUUUCAAUGAAAUUUUUACAUUUUGAUUUGUGGUUUGAGCCUUUGUCCUUGAUGCUUACUAGCAUUUCCAAAUGGUUUUUGUCUUCAGGUUCAAUUCCAAGCGGAUCAAGUAUAAGCUCUAGUAGUACAAGUAUAUCAGAGUCUAGCAGCUCAAGUAUCUCAUUCUGCAGUUGCUUAAGUAGCCUGAGUUGUUCCAGUAGUUUGAGUUUAUUCAGUUCCUUGAGUUCAAGCUGCAUUAGUCCAGGGGACUUGGAACCAAGAUCAGACAGCAAAUCCAGUAUCUCAUCCCUAUCUUGUUCUUCAAGUGUCAGCAUAAAAAGUUCAGUUUCAAGUGGAUCAAGUAUUAACCCCAGCUGUUCUAGCAUAUCAGAAUCUAGCAGCUCAAGUAUCUCAUUCUACAGCUGCUCAAGUAGUCAGAGUUUCAGUAGCUCCAGUAGUUUGAGUUUAUUCAGUUCUGUAAGUUCAGGAGAAAUAGGAUCAAGAUCAGACAGUGGAUCCAGCACCUCUUCCUUAUCUUGUUCUUCAAGUGUCAGCAUAAAAAGUUCAGUUUCAAGUGGAUCAAGUAUUAACCCCAGCUGUUCUAGCAUAUCAGAAUCUAGCAGCUCAAGUAUCUCAUUCUACAGCUGCUCAAGUAGUCAGAGUUUCAGUAGCUCCAGUAGUUUGAGUUUAUUCAGUUCUGUAAGUUCAGGAGAAAUAGGAUCAAGAUCAGACAGUGGAUCCAGCACCUCUUCCUUAUCUUGUUCUUCAAGUGUCAGCAUAAAAAGUAAAUGUUCUUUUGUUGCAUUUAUACUGUUACAUCUGAAUCAUUUAGUAUUUACACUAUAAUGUGUUGUUAAUGUUCUUAGAAUGUGAGCUCAUUACAUCUAAUUUCAGAAUAUAUUUUCAUAGUGAAAUGUCCUUUUUGUAGGUUUAUGAAUGAUUUUUUUUAUUAUAGCUCUUCAUUUUCAAUCUUUAGGUUCAGCUUCAGAUAUUCCAAGUCCUAGUCCAAGUUAUUCAGUUCUUCCAUGCUCCAGUGGUUCAAAUAACUCAAUAUCUAGAAGCUUCACAAGCCCCAGUUUCUCAAUCUUCAGUAGCAUAAGUUCAAGCAUCAUUCCAUCUAUCACUCCAAGCUCUAUCAGCAACUUUGAGAGUAGUUUGAACUCUGAAUCAAGUAACACUGCCAGUAGUGUAGCUCCAUCUUCCUGUUCAAGGGCUAUUCUAAGUAAUGUUCCUUUUCAUUUGUGUAAUUAAAAAUAUGAUACCAAUACAAUAGUCACAAAUUUCUUGAUUUAUGACAUUCAUUUAGUGAAGCUGAAAAUAUUUUAAACUGUAUUCUUCCUUACUUUUUUAUCCUUUCUUACACGGAAAAUAGUUUGUGUUAAAAUCAUAGAAAAAUAUACUUUUAAACACCUAAGAGACACUGAUGAAAAAGGUAUUCUCAAUGAAAUUUUUAGUUUUGAUUUGUGGUUUGAGCCUUUGUCCUUAUUGCUUACUAGCAUAUUCAAUUGAUUUUUGUCUUCAGGUUCAAUUUCGAGUGGAUCAAGUAUUAGCUCUAGCAGUUCUAGUACAUUAAAGUCUAGCAGCUCAAGUAUCUCAUUCUGCAGUUGCUUAAGUAGCCUGAGUUGUUCCAGUAGUUUGAGUUUAUUCAGUUCCUUAAACUGCAUCAGUUCAGGAGACUUAGAACCAAGAUCAGACACCAUAAAAAGUAAAUAUUAUUUGUAGAGUUGUAGUUAUAUUAUUUUGCUUUUCCAGUGUGUGAGUGUAUAGAUAUGCAAAGUAUAUGUGAAAAAAAAAUGUCCUUCUUAAUGCUGUAAAAUAGUGCUUUGCCUUCCGGUUCAGAAUCAGUCCUAGUUUUAGUUAUUAAUUUCCUCCAUAGGUCUUUCUUCUCUUAAUUGCAUUAGGUAUCUAUGUCGUUGGAAUUUCAAUUGGAAAGUCAUUUGCCAUGGAAUGUAUGGAUUUUUGGUCUGUGGUUUUAACCUCUACAUCAACCCUGCAAAUUUAUUCUUUUAUCUUCAGGUUCAUUUUCAAGUGGAUCAAGUUUUAGCCUUAGUUGUUCAAGUAUAUCAACAACUAGGAGCUCAAGUAUCUCAUUCUACAGUUGCUCAAGUAGCCAGAGUUUCAGUAGUUCCAAUAGUUUGAGUUUAUUUAGUUCUGUGAGUUCAAGGUGCAUUAGUUCAGGGGACUUAGAAUUGAGAUCAGACGGCAGAUCCAGCAUCACAUCCUUAUCAUGCUCUUCAAGUCUCAGCAUAAAAAGUAAAUAGUUGUAUAAAUGUUAUAUGAUAAGAUCUGUAUUAUUUAGCAUUUCUAAUAUCCUCACUAUUAUUUUAUUUUUUUUAGGCAUAUUUUGAUUUUGGGAAAUAUAUAAGAAUAUAUUUUAUACUAAAACUGUGCUUGAAGGUUUUUUAAUUUUUUUUUUUUUUUUUCAUAUUUUCCUUUAGGUUCAACUUCAGGCAUUCCCAGAUUUAAUUCAAGUUAUUCACCUCUUCCACUCUCCAGUUAUUCAAAUAACUCAAUUUCUAGUAACUCCACAAGCCCAAGUUUCUCAAUCUUCAGUAGUAUAAGUUCAAGUUUCAUUGCACCUGUCACUCCAAACUUCAUCAGCAGCUCAGAGCAUAGUUUGAGCUCAGAAUCAAGUAGCAUUUCCAGUAAACCCUGUUCAAGUGCCCUCACAAGUAAUGUUUAUUUUCAAAACAUGGUUAUAAUUGUAUUUUCCCUUUUUUGACGUCAUAUAUGAGCAAGAAGAGUUUUUAUUAUUAUUUUUUUUCUAAUUUACAUACUACUCAAGAUUCAGUCUUAACCUCAGGUGCAUUGCACAUCUUUCCACAGCCAGCAGAUAAUUAACCUAAUUGGAAUGUUAUUUAUAAUGUAGCAUAUAUAUUUUGUCUAGUGGUUUGAACCUCAGUUCCUGAUGUAUACUAGCAUUUGAAUUUAUUUUUUGUCUUCAGGUUCAGUUUCAAGUGCAUCAAGUAUUAACCCUAGGUGUGCUAGUAUAUCAACAUCUAGCAGCUCAAGUAUCUCAAUCUACAGCUGCUCAAGAAGCCCCAGUUUCAGUAGUUCCAGUAGUUUGAGUUUAUUCAGUUCUGAGAGUUCAGACUGUAUCAGUUCAAGGGACUUAGAACCAAGAUCAGACAGUAUCUCAUCCCUAUCUUGUUCUUCAAGUGUCAGCAUAAAAAGUAAAUUCUAGUAAAUCUUGUAGUUAUAUUUUCUAAAUUCAAAGUUAUUCUUCAACUUUAGCUGCAGUGUUGGUUUUAGUGGCUACAAAGUGGUUUUAAAAAGUCUUGCAUUACUGUUUACAGCUAUUUCAGUAGUCAUAGUUUAUUAGCUCAAGCAGUUUAAUCUUUGUCAUCUCUCUUUCAAGCAUUAAGAACUCAAGCUUAAAAUCAUCUGAUUAACCCUAUCUUAUAUUUCAUUGUAUUUGCACAAUUUACUCUUUAUAUUCAUAGUUUAUGUUUCUUAUAAUUUCUAGUCUGAAACAACAACCUGAUAUAGUAUUUGUCUUAUGGAGUCUCAAUGUUCUGACGUUCUCUCUACAGGUUCACUUUCACGGAGUUCCAGAAGUAGUAGCUCUAGCAUUUCAGUCAUUAUUAGUGGGGAAUUACUGGGGAAUCAAGAAAGUUUCAAGAGACCAGGUUCUAGAAGUUAUGUAGGUUUAGAGGAGACAAGGAGUUCUAGGGUGUCAAGUUCUUACAUUUCUAGCAGUUCCAUGUAUGGUAGUUCAAGUAGGUUCUGCCUUUGUUGUAGUUUUUUUGCUGUUUUUUUCUAACCUUCAGUGAAAGUUCAGUGUGCAAUAUUUGGUUUCCAUUGCUGUAUAUGCUGUUAGGUGUAUAUAUCACAAUAAAAAAUAAUAUAUCAAUAAUAAAUCAAGUAUCUCAAAAUAAACACUUCUGAUAAUUAUCUUUUCUUAAAUAUGUAUCACAUCUGAAAUAUUUAACUUAACGAUUUUCUGCAGGUUCAAUCUCAAGCCUUUCCUCUGCCUUUAUUCCAAUUUCUUCAAGUUUAUUAAGCUCUAGUUGCUCAGAAAAUAUAGCUCCCAGUAGCUACAGAAGUUCAGGUACUACAAGUUCCUGCAGUUCAAAUGAUGUCAGCUUAAAUAGCCCAAGUCUGUCACCCUCCUGCUCUUCAAGUUUCAGCAUAACAUGUAAUUCUUUAUAAAAUUUGUAAAUUUAGAUAUAUUUAAAAACAAACAAACCAAUUAUUAUAUAUAAAGAGGUAAUAUUUCAGAAAAUGAGUAGUCAGUGCAACUUUAGCAUCAAUUUAAUCUACGUAAUUUUUCCUUAUUUUUCUAUCCUCUGCAUUUCUAAUAUUUAUAACUAAAAUCACAACUAAUAUAUAUUGUAUCAUGUCCUUAAUACCACCAUUACAGUUUUAUACUAUUCUCAGGUUCUUGUAGUCCAGAAUUCUCCAGCGUAUCAAGCCUCAGCAGUUCUUGUAGUUCAGGAUUCCACAGUGACAAUCUUUCAUCUUCCAUGAGUGUUUCUAGUAUCAGUAACUCAAUCUCAGGAAGUUUUGUGUCCUCAAGCUACUCAAGAGCCAAUUCCUCUAGAAGCAAUAGGUCAAGUUUUGCAGCCUCAUGCUCCUCAAGUAUCAGCAUACUAUGUAAAUGCACUUUUACUGCAGUCAUACUGUGGGGAUUUCGUUUUGUAGGAUAGAUAUGAUUUUGUUGUGUAGAAGAAUUCUUUCAUUAACUGUGAUUAGAUCUCACAUUUUUAUAAUAUAUUUGAUAAUUUUGUCAAUAACUAGAGUAGGCCAUACUUUAUUUUCUGCCAUUUCACACCAUUAAACUCUCAUCAGGCUCAAGUUUCCAGGAAUACUCCAAUACCUCAAGCUUUAUUAGUUCCUGUAGUUCAGGCUCCCUUCAUGACAACUUUUCACCUAGUUUGAGACUCCAGAGUUCCAGUGUUUCUGGUUCAAGGAGUUUCAUAUCUUCAAGUUGCUCGAGUCCAGGAAUAUCUCUCUCGUGUUCUUCAAGCCUCAGUAUAUUGUGUAAAUAUCUACUCUUUCAUGGUAGUUUUAUUUAGGCAUCUUUCUAUUGAUAAAUUCUGUCUUUAGUUUUAGGUAGCUUGAGCAGAUUUAUGUGAAGAAUGCAUUAUAUUUCCUGAUUCAAUCAACAACCAACAAUACACCAUCCUGUAGGAUAAUACCACAUAUGCUGAUUUUAACAUUACAAUAUUGAAUUAUCUUCAGGCUCAAGUAGUCUGGAAUAGCAAGCUUGCUUAGUUCUUGUAGUUCAAACAGUCAUUCCCUCUACUUAGAGUAUCUAUAAUGGUAAAGACUCAAGUCUAAGGAGUACUAUAUCCUACCUAUCCUAUCACAGUCAUAGUUCAAGAUUGUCAGAUUCAUGCUCUUUAAGUUUCAGCAUACUAUGUAAAUGAACAUUUCUAUUGCAUUAAUAUUGUAGUGAUCCUCCAUCCUACUCUUUUCUAAAGACAUACAAUAUCAAUCAUGUGAAUUUGACAAUUCUCUCCAUAUCCUAUUUCCUAACCUCCAUAGCACAUUUUAAAAUUAUCUUCAGGUUCAAGUUAUCCAGAAUACUCCAAUAUUUCAAGCUUUAUUAGUUCCUGUAGUUCAGGCCACCUUCAUGAUAGCUUUUCACCGAGCUUGAAACUCGAGAGUACCAGUGGUUCGGGUUCAAGAAAUUUUAUUCCUUCAAGUUGUUCGAGUUUAGGAGUAUCUCUUUCAUGCUCUUCAAGUAUCAGUAUAUUGUGUAAAUAUUUACUCUGUUUCUGUAGUUUUAUUUAGAAUUAAUGUAUUUAUAUAAUGGGUUUUGGUUCAACUGUUCCAUUGAAAUAUAUAAAAAAAACAGUAUUUUCCAAUUCAUCGACAACAGUUUGCUAUAGAGUAGGAUUUCUAAUUCCUUAAUUUGUAUUGUACAAUUCUACUCUUACAUCAGUAAACUAUCAUCUACCAGGCUCAAGUAACCCAGAAUGCUCCAGUAUAUCAAGUUUCACUAGUUCUUGUAGUUCAGGCUCCCAUAUUGGUGGUAUUCCUACAAGCUUGAGUCUGUAUUAUGACAGUACCUUGGGUCGAGGGAGUUAUAUAUCCUCAAGCUGCUCAAGAGCCAGUUCCUCUCGCAGUCAUAGGUCAAGUUUAUCAGCCUCCUCUUCAUCAAGUGUCAGCAUACUAUGUAAAUAGAAAUUUGCAACAUUCAUUGUGAUUUAUUUUAUAGUGACACUGUUUAUUUACAGUCUAUAUUAAAUGUAUCAUGUAUUUCCUUAUUUAAUUUUGAUAUGCAGUCAAUUUUUUUUUUCUGUUAAUUUCAGGCAUAAAUAGUCCAGGAUAUUCUAGUAAUGCAAGUUUUAAUUCAGUUGACUUCAGUGCUAUUAGAUUUAAUAGCUCAAGCUCCAGUAGCCCCACAAGCUUGAGCUUCUCUGACAAUGGUGAUUCAGGCUGCAGUAGUUUGAGUUGUUCAUGCCCAAGUAGUAUUAGCAAAGCCUGCUCAAGUUGUUCUGGAUUCUCGACUCCGGAUCUCUCUCUCUCCUGUUCUUCAAGUAUCAGUGCCUUAUGUAAUUAUCUGGUUGAUUUCUAUAUUCCUUUUAAAUAUUUUUCAAGUAAUUUAAAUUUCAUAGUAGUAAGUAAUUGAAGUCAUACUUGUACUUGGUGCUUAAAUUUGUAAGCCAAUGAAUAGUUUAGUUUGUAUAUAGAUAGACAGACUGAUAGAUAUAGAUAUGUAUAUAUACAUAUUCAUAUACAAGUUUAUAUAUAUAUAUAUCAUAUGUAUUACAUAUAUUAUAUAUACAUAUAUAUGUGUAUAUAAC